CGAGCCCCGCCGAGCGGCAUGGCCGGGGGCCGGGGGUCCUGCCCGCCCCUGCCCGCACCCCUGCCCACACCGCUGGGGCUCUGCCUGUGCCUCUGCCCGCUGCUGCUGCUGCUGCCCGCGGCCGCCUGGAGCCCGGCCCUGCUGCCGCCCGCCGCCCGCAGCAACUGGUGCUCCUACACGGUGACACGGACCGUGUCCUGCCACGUCCAGAACGGCACCUUCCUCCAGAGGGUCUUCCAGGGAUGCCGCUGGCCUCUGGCCUGCAGCGGGGGCAGCUACCGCGCCGUGGUGCGGCCGCUCUACAGGGUGACCUACAGGACACUGACGGCCCUGGAGUGGAGGUGCUGCCCCGGACACGCCGGAGCCAGCUGCGAGGAAGAGGCUCCCACCUUCCUCACCCUGCGGGACACGGGGCGCCCCAGCACAGCCCCCCGCCGGCCCCCCCUGCGCCCCACGGCCUUCUCAGGGUGCCUGAACUGCAGCCGUGUCGGGGAGCUCACAGCCCGACUCACCACCCUCGAGGCGCAGGUGGCCCGGCUGUCGGUGGCAGAGCCCCCCACUCCAGCAGCACCCAAAGGCGGCCCCCCGGGCCGGGGGCAGCUCUGGGGGUCCCCGGCGGCCCGCGGGAGCCCCGGGGAUGACGGGAGACCCGGCCCCAGGGGACCCCCCGGCCCCAAGGGCGACGCGGGAGGACAGGGACCAUCGGGAAUUCCGGGAGUGAAGGGGCCAGUGGGACCACCAGGUCCUCCCGGCCCCCCGGGACCCCCCGGCCGGGAUGGGGCCAGGGGGCUCCCCGGAGAGAAGGGACCCCCCGGCCCCCCGGCCCAGGCCCCCCGCCCCGUGGGACCGGCGACCCCCGCCUGGUCGAGGCCCAGGGACCCUCUCCUCUCCAACACCUUCACCGAACACACCAGGAGCAUCGUGGGGCCCGUGGGCCCCCGGACCAGUGGGGCCCAUGGGUCCCCGGCCCCCGGACCCCAUGUAAGUACUGGGGUGGGGGCGGGCACGGGGGGGUCGGACCCCCGGGGUGUCCCCUCCCCCCAGGGGGAUGUCACCCACCUUGUCCCUGCACAGGGAAGAGCCGGAGACCCCGGAGCUGCGGGUCCCCCCGGGGAGAAGGGGGACAGGGGUCCCCAGGGCCACCCGGGCAGCCCCGGGCAGGACGGGGCACAGGGCGAGCCGGGCCCCCAGGGCGAGCCGGGCCACAGGGGCACUUGGGGGGAGGGUUUGCACCAGCUCCGGGAGGCGCUGAAGAUUUUAGCGGAGAGGGUUUUAAUCUUGGAAACAAUGAUUGGGCUCUACGAGCCAGAGCCGGGCUCGGGCAGUGCCCCCCCGGGCACGGCGUCGCCGGGGGUGCCCCGCGGGAAGCGUGGUGGUGCCCACCCCUCCUAUCGCAUCCUCACCCGCCCCCGAGGGCCCUGAGGAGCCCGGGGGGGACCUCCCACGUCCCCCCCCCCCGCACCCGCCGCCGUGCCAGGACGGGCAGGA